GAGAACAUCAGGAGACCAAAGAGCCAGGUGAGAAGAGAGGAAGAGAGCUGGGAUGUUGCACUUUUCAUGGAGGAAAGAGGAAGGCUGACUACGCAGUCACAAAUGGUACACACACUUUGCAGGUUACUCUUCAGGAAAAAAUGGUUAUUUCUUUGAACUCAUGCCUGGGCUUCGUCUGUUUAUUGUUAUGCCACUGGAUUGGAACUGCAUCACCUCUGAAUCUUGAAGAUCCUAAUGUGUGUAGCCACUGGGAAAGCUACUCCGUGACUGUGCAGGAGUCAUACCCACAUCCCUUUGAUCAGGUCUACUACACUAGCUGCACGGACAUCCUCAACUGGUUUAAAUGCACCCGGCACAGAAUCAGUUACCGGACAGCCUAUCGACAUGGGGAGAAAACAAUGUACAGGCGCAAAUCCCAGUGUUGUCCUGGAUUUUAUGAAAGCAGAGAAAUGUGUGUCCCUCACUGUGCUGAUAAAUGUGUCCAUGGUCGCUGCAUUGCUCCAAACACCUGUCAGUGUGAGCCCGGCUGGGGUGGCACCAACUGCUCCAGUGCCUGCGAUGGAGACCACUGGGGCCCCCACUGCAGCAGCAGGUGCCAGUGUAAGAAUGGGGCUCUGUGCAACCCCAUCACCGGUGCCUGCCACUGCGCAGCAGGUUUCCGAGGCUGGCGCUGCGAAGGCCGCUGUGAGCAUGGCACCUACGGUAAUGACUGUCACCAGAGAUGCCAGUGCCAGAACGGAGCCACUUGUGACCACAUCACAGGGGAGUGUCGCUGCCCGCCCGGAUACACGGGAGCCUUCUGUGAGGAUCUCUGUCCCCCUGGCAAACAUGGUCCACAGUGCGAGCAGAGAUGCCCCUGCCAGAACGGAGGAGUGUGUCACCAUGUCACUGGGGAGUGCACGUGCCCGCCCGGCUGGAUGGGCACAGUGUGUGGUCAGCCUUGCCCUGAGGGUCGCUUUGGAAAGAACUGCACCCAAGAAUGUCAGUGCCAUAAUGGAGGGACGUGUGAUGCUGCUUCGGGCCAAUGUCACUGCAGUCCAGGAUAUACGGGGGAACGCUGCCAGGACGAGUGUCCAGUUGGGACCUAUGGACUUCGCUGUGCCGAGACCUGCCGGUGCGUCAAUGGCGGGAAGUGCUAUCAUGUGAGUGGCACGUGCCUCUGCGAGGCAGGCUUCUCGGGGGAGCUGUGUGAGGCACGACUGUGUCCAGACGGGCUGUACGGCAUCAAGUGCGACAGACGGUGCCCCUGCCACCUGGACAACACACACAGCUGUCACCCCAUGUCUGGAGAGUGUGCCUGCAGGCCAGGCUGGGCAGGCCUCUACUGUAAUGAGACAUGCUCUCCGGGAUUCUACGGGGAUGCGUGCCAGCAGAUCUGCAGCUGCCAGAACGGGGCUGACUGUGACAGUGUGACCGGGAAGUGCACCUGUGCCCCAGGAUUCAAAGGAAUCGACUGCUCUACUCCAUGCUCUCUGGGCACCUAUGGGAUCAACUGCUCCUCUCGCUGCAGCUGUCAGAACGACGCUGUCUGUUCUUCCGUGGAUGGGUCUUGUGCUUGCAAGGCAGGUUGGCACGGUGUCGACUGCUCCAUCCGCUGUCCCAGUGGCACAUGGGGCUUUGGCUGUAACUUAACCUGCCAGUGUCUCAAUGGGGGAGCAUGUAACACGCUGGACGGGACCUGUACCUGUGCUCCCGGAUGGCGUGGGGAGAAAUGUGAACUGCCCUGCCUGGAUGGUACCUACGGCCUCAACUGUGCUGAGCGCUGUGACUGCAGCCAUGCAGAUGGCUGCCACCCCACCACGGGCCAUUGCCGCUGCCUCCCUGGAUGGUCAGGUGUCCACUGUGACAGCGUGUGUGCGGAAGGCCGCUGGGGCCCCAAUUGUUCCCUGCCCUGUUACUGUAAAAAUGGGGCAUCCUGCUCUCCUGACGAAGGCAUCUGUGAGUGUGCUCCGGGAUUCCGGGGCACCACUUGCCAGAGAAUCUGUUCCCCUGGUUUCUAUGGGCACCGCUGCAGCCAGACAUGCCCGCAGUGUGUCCAUAGCAGCGGCCCCUGCCACCACAUCACAGGCCUAUGUGAUUGCCUGCCUGGCUUCACUGGUGCACUCUGUAAUGAAGUGUGUCCCAGUGGCAGAUUUGGAAAAAACUGUGCCGGAAUUUGUUCAUGCACCAACAAUGGAACCUGCAAUCCCAUUGACAGAUCGUGCCAGUGUUACCCAGGUUGGAUUGGCAGUGACUGCUCCCAGCCAUGUCCACCUGCGCACUGGGGCCCAAACUGUAUCCACACAUGCAACUGUCACAAUGGAGCCUUCUGCAGUGCCUACGACGGGGAAUGCAAAUGUACUCCUGGCUGGACUGGGCUCUACUGCACCCAGAGAUGUCCUCUGGGGUUUUAUGGCAAGGACUGUGCCUUGAUAUGCCAGUGCCAAAAUGGAGCUGACUGUGACCACAUCUCUGGGCAGUGCACUUGCCGCACUGGAUUCAUGGGGAGACAUUGUGAACAGAAGUGUCCUGCAGGAACCUACGGCUAUGGAUGUCGCCAGAUAUGUGACUGUCUGAACAACUCCACCUGUGACCACAUCACUGGGACCUGUUACUGCAGCCCAGGAUGGAAGGGAGCACGAUGUGACCAAGCUGGCGUGAUCAUAGUUGGAAAUCUCAACAGUUUAAGCCGAACCAGCACUGCUCUGCCUGCUGAUUCCUACCAGAUCGGGGCCAUCGCGGGCAUCAUCAUCCUCGUGCUUGUCGUCCUCUUCCUCCUGGCGCUGUUCAUGAUUUAUAGGCACAAGCAGAAGGGAAAGGAGUCCAGCAUGCCAGCCGUCACAUACACCCCAGCCAUGCGGGUCAUCAAUGCGGAUUACACUGUUUCUGAAACCCUCCCCCACACCACUGGGGGAGGUGGGAACAGCCACUACUUCACCAAUCCCAGCUACCACACACUGACGCAGUGUGCCACGUCCCCGCAUGUCAACAACAGGGAUUGCAUGACCAUGGCCAAGUCGAAGAACAAUCAGCUGUUUGUGAAUCUCAAAAACGUGAAUCCUGGCAAGAGGGGCGCCAUGGUAGACUGCACGGGGACGCUGCCCGCCGACUGGAAGCAUGGUGGUUACCUUAAUGAGCUUGGUGCUUUCGGACUUGACAGAAGCUACAUGGGAAAAUCCCUAAAAGACCUGGGAAAGAAUUCUGAAUACAAUUCAAGUACCUGCUCUUUAAGCAGUUCUGAGAACCCUUAUGCCACUAUUAAAGACCCACCCAUCCUUAUCUCCAAGAACUCAGAGUGUGGCUAUGUGGAGAUGAAGUCCCCGGCCCGCAGAGAUUCCCCGUAUGCUGAGAUCAGUAACUCAGCUGCAGCCAGCAAGAAUGUCUAUGAAGUGGAACCUACAGUGAGUGUUGUCCAAGGGAUAUUCAGCAAUAACGGGCACCUCACUCAGGACCCGUACGACCUCCCAAAGAACAGUCACAUCCCUUGCCAUUACGACCUACUGCCUGUGCGAGACAGUUCAUCCUCCCUUAAGCAAGAGGACGGUGGCAGCAGCAGUGGCAGCAGCAGCAGCAGUGAAUGACACCAAAAAUAGCCGGGUAGCCGCUGGAACCUUUUCCAGAACUGCAGUUGGGUUCUCCUCCAUCCUGAAGUUGGCCACCCCAUGGGAAUGUUUAACAGCUCGAUAGGCAACUAUUGGACAUGAACUUGAAAGCGUGAAGCCAAGGCUGAUGCUGACUAUAGGUGCUUUUUGUACAGGUGGCAUGGAAGGAGACGACGAUGUUAUCUCCCAUGGCCGUUAGUUGUAGAACUGCACCCAGAAGUGUGGCUUUCAGAAGAAGAUGUCAGCGUAAAGCAUGAACUGCAGGAUGCCUUUGCAGACACGGGCUUGAGAAGUGAAAAUGUAAACAUUGCCUUUGCCAUUUGCGUGAGGCUACUAUUAAUACAGGAGGAAACAUCCUGCCAGGUGGCAGGGGAAUUGACUUUGAAUGAAUUCUAGAAGAGGAUAACAAAUUUCAAUAGGCAAAUUUUGGAUUUUUUUUUUUUUAGGAUGAGGAGAUGUACAAUUAGAAUUAUUUUAGAAAUAGUAGAAGUAUUACAGAAACCAAUACAAAAUGUGCCAACAGAGGUGGUUUUUCCCUGUUUGACCCGCUUUAAACUGUGGCAUCAUUCUGAUCAUUGUUACCAUCAUAUGUGUUUGUCCCUUGAGUUUCAUAACAUAUCAGUAAUUAUUUCAUACAUAUAGAAAUUAAAUAAUUUUAUUUUUGACAUACUGGGUUGAGUGAGUGUGUGAUGAUUGGGAGAGGUUGUAAAUUUUAAAUGUAAGAAGAUGCUUAGGUUUUGUAAACCAUUUAGUAAUACGUGCUAUAAUAUAGAAUUAGCUGAAAGUUCUGAUUAAUUUUUCCCUAGAAGUGACCGAAAUAUUUUUUUUGCAUAUUUGAGUAAAGGGCACUUUCCUUUUGUUGAUUGUGGAGUUAGAUGAACUAUGCUUAAGCUGGUCUUUCGCAUUGCUAAUAUGAUAUAUACCCCACUUUUCAUUAAUGUGUAUUUCCAUUUUUAAGUUGUAUAUUAUAUGUUUUGUAGUUUUGGGAUUGUUAAUGAAAAACUAUUAUAUCUUCAUGGUUUCUUGUAUUAUUGUCACCUAUCUUUCAUUAGGUAAAAGUGUAUGUGGUGUUUUUUCUUCUGAAUGGAAGAAAGGAAAAUCUAUAAACAGAAACAAUUAAAAUUAGUCAUUACUAGAGCGGUACAAUAGCCAUAAGUGAAUGUCUUAUGAUUGAAAUGGAAAACUUUUUUCUUCCGUGCAUACUAACCAUGCAAGAACACUUCUCACCCCGAGGUUAUUGUUUCAUGGUGAGACCUACCUGAGCAAGCAGAGGUACUGAAAGGCUGAAUUGGGAGCGACCUCCUUAGAGAAAACACUGACCUU